UUGCCUGUAGCACAGCCUAAAGACGUGCGAUUACACAAUUUCACAUUGCCACGAAAGUGCACGCAAAACAAAUCGACAUCGACCCACAUUUAAGAGAGCACAUCAUGAUGCUAAAACGCAUCCAUCAGCUACUUCUAUACGCGCUGUGUCUGCUUAUCUUGGCUGUGUUCUGUGCACCAGCACCGAGUGAAUCUCGGCGGGUGAUCUUCUUGGCGCCACCCGGAAUUGCCCGCGGGCAGAUACUGGCUACGCAUGGCAUGGAGAAGCCCUGCCAGAAGUGCCACAUGAGAGACCACCGUGGCAACUGCCGGCGCAUAAUAUCGUACAGUUCAGGAGUGUGCUUUACUUAGGAGGCACUUUUUAAUUUGCUUUUGCAGAUGGCGUGAGCUGCUGACAUCGAGGCCGGACGUAGUUAGGUCGUGGCUAUCAAACUGAAUCUCUAAUUCACUCAGAAACCAAAAACAAAAGACGUCAUUCGUAUUUAUUCGCUUUCAGUGCACUAUUUAUUACAUUAUUUCACACUUUUUUUGUCUUCUGCUAAUA